UUUCACUGACGGACGCGUUUGAGUAACAGUGUUUUAUGUCCCUUGCGCUUUUGUUUGGCCUCGGUCAGUUUAUCAAUAAAUCCGUCUUGUUUUGUUUUAUCUUUAAUUUUUUGACUUUGUCUUUGUAUCCGUUUUCUCUUCAGUACAACUACGUGGCAACAUUUUCUAUGCGAGUGAUUUUAUUGAACGCGGAUUCUACAUCGAUGGAAAAUUAGCAGGCUAUGCUAGCAAGCUAACGCUAGCUGCAUUUCUGUGAUACACAGUGCCUGUGCUGCAGGAUCAGGAUGAGGAUGUUCUCAGUUUCACAUAAGACGGCCUUUGUGGUCGAUCACUGCCCAUACAUGGCAGAGUCCAGUCGGCAGCUGAUUGAAUGUGACAUGCUGACCAAAAGCCGCUCACAGGGUGUGAUUCCUCUGGCUCCAGUCGCCAAAUCUCUCUGGACGUGUGCAGUUGAAUGCUCCAUGGAGUACUGCAGGAUCCUGUAUGACAUUUACCCCACCAAGAAACUAGUGAACUACAUUGUGAGCGAUUCUGAGGUUCACAUCCUGAACAGCUGGAAGCAGGAGGAUCAAAAUACACAUGAUCUCAUGUCUGCCUUGGCUGCGGUUGGGCCUCCAAACCCUCGUCAGGAUCCUGAAUGCUGCAGUGUUCUGCAUGGGCUGGUGGCGGCUGUGGAGUCUCUGUGUAAGAUCACAGAAUAUCAGCACGAGUCUCGUACUACUCUGAUGGACGUGGCCGACAGAGUGGCCAAUAGAGGGCGCAUUAUCUGUCUUACCAAUGCCAAAAGUGACACUCAUGUCAGGAUGCUGGAGGACUGUGUGCUGGAAACCAUUCAAGAACAGAACAAGCUGGCAGCAGGAUCUGACAGACUGAUGCCCAUUCAGCAGUGUGAGCUUGUGCUGGUCCACAUCUACCCACAGGGGGAUGACACUCUGGUCUCAGACCGGCAAAAGAAAGAGCUUUCUUCAGUGUUAAGCAGUGAGGUUCACAGUGUGCGAGCUGGACGGCAUCUAGCCUGUAAACUGAAUGUGCUGGUUCAGCAGCACUUUGAUUUGGCCUCCACCACCAUCACAAACAUCCCCAUGAAGGAGGAGCAGCAUGCUAACACUUCAGCAAAUUACGACGUUGAGCUUCUGCACCAUCGUGAUGCACAUAUGGAGUUUAUUAAGAGUGGCGAUCUCCACAUGGCCGGCAGUACAAGCAGAGACAGUGGGUUAAAGGAAACGAUCACACUCAAAUGGUGCACUCCACGCACCAACAGUGUAGAGCUGCAUUACUGCACAGGCGCCUAUCGCAUUUCUCCAGUAGACGUUAACAGCCGCCCAUCGUCUUGCCUCACCAACUUCCUGCUGAAUGGUCGCUCUGUGCUACUAGAACAGCCUCGCAAGUCUGGGUCAAAGGUCAUAAGUCACAUGUUAAGCAGCCAUGGAGGAGAAAUCUUUCUGCAUGUUCUUAACAGCACGCGCUCUACAUUGGAGGAUCCUCCAUCCAUCAGUGAGGGUUGUGGGGGACGAGUGACUGACUACCGCAUCACUGACUUUGGUGAGUUUAUGCGGGAGAAUCGACUGACUCCAUUCCCAGACUCCAUGGUAGAUGCAGCAGGCAGAGCUCCAAUCGAGAGGGCCAAAUCUCAACUAGAACGACACACACGGUACUGGCCAAUGAUCAUCUCCCAGACCACCAUCUUCAACAUGCAGGCGGUGGUACCAUUAGCUAACCUCAUAGUGAAGGACACUCUAACAGAUGAAGAUGUGCUGACCUGUCAGAAAACUGUCUAUAAUCUUGUUGAUAUGGAAAGGAAGAGUGAUCCUCUGCCAAUCUCAACCGUCGGCUCCAGGGGAAAAGGACCCAAGCGUGAUGAGCAGUAUCGGAUCAUGUGGAAUGAGCUAGAGACGUUGGUAAAGACUCAUGUGGGCACCAGUGAGAGACACCAACGUGUGCUGGAGUGCAUCAGCGCUUGCCGGAGCAAACCACCCGAGGAGGAGGAGAGGAAAAAAAGAGGAAGGAAAAGAGAGGACAAGGAGGACAAAACCGAGAAAAAUGGCAAGGACACAGAGGAGAAAAGCUGGACUGCAGACACUGAGAGGCUGAAAGGGGUAAUGGACCGAGAGAAGGACGAACAAAGCGAGUGUGAGAUCAUCAAAGAUUCGCCAGACUCACCGGAGCCGCUGAACAAGAAACCACGCUUGGCUACAGAGGAACAGCAGCCUCCAGAAAAAUCCAAAGGUCCUGUGUCUCUACUCGCCCUUUGGACCAACAGAAUAACUCAAGCGAACUCCAGGAAGCAUCAGGAAUUUGCAGGAAGAUUGAGUUCAGUGAACAACAAGGCCGAGCUUUAUCAGCAUCUGAAGGAGGAAAAUGGGAUGGAUGUUCAUGAGAAUGGAAAAGCAACAAGAUGAUGUGUGGAAAACGCCUCUUCUCAUCACUGCAGGAUCAUUGAUUUGUUGAGAGGAUGUGAUGUGACCUUUGGCAUGAUAUCAAAUGAUGCUUUUGCCAGGAUGCUGAUUUUGUGCCAGACAUAGAAGAGCAAGGCAAUGUUUUAUAAGGACACACUUUUUUAUAUGCUUUAGUUUGUACAAAGUGUCUGAAAGUUUGUGAGGCAGAAUAAAGAAAAUUGUAAAUUGUGUUGUACUGUC